AUCAAACUCGCACCGAAUUGUUCGGCACCUGCGUUAGGCGCGUGCAUUUCACUUUCUCACUCUUUCACCUCUCGCGUGAAGUCUGCAUUCCGUGCUGGAAUGCGCUUCUGCUGAGCAGUGAAUUUGUUGGAUUUUUAAUUGUCUUCUCUCAAGUCCUGAUCUAGGAGAUUUUGAUCUUCUGGAAGCUGCUUCCGACGCGUUUAAGCAAAUUGAGAAGAUUCUUAAGCAGCUGUUCAAAGAGCAAGGAUGACGGUUACACCAAAUAUCUCAGUCAACGACGGAAACCUUGUUGUCUGUGGGAAAACCAUACUCACUGGGGUUCCAGACAACAUUGUACUUACUCCAGGAUCAGGUGUCGGCCUUGUUGCAGGUGCAUUCAUCGGUGCCACCGCUUCUAACACCAAGAGCCUCCAUGUCUUCCCAGUCGGCGUUUUAGAGGACGUCCGGUUCAUGUGCUUAUUUCGAUUCAAACUCUGGUGGAUGACUCAGAGAAUGGGAACUUGUGGGAAGGAUAUCCCAUUGGAGACUCAAUUCAUGCUAGUCGAGAGCAAAGACACAACUGAAGGAGAUCAUGAAGAUGCCCCUACCAUCUACACCGUUUUCCUGCCCGUACUCGAGGGGCAGUUCCGUGCAGUUCUUCAGGGCAACGAUAAGAAUGAAAUGGAGAUCUGCCUCGAAAGUGGAGACAAUGCUGUCGAAACUGACCAAGGACUUCACAUUGUUUAUAUGCACGCGGGAACAAAUCCAUUCGAAGUCAUCAAUCAGGCCGUGAAAGCUCUCGAGAAACACAUGAAAACUUUUCAUCACCGAGAAAAGAAAAAGUUGCCCGCAUUCCUUGACUGGUUUGGCUGGUGCACAUGGGAUGCUUUCUACACUGAUGUCACUGCUGAGGGUGUCGAGGAAGGUUUGAAGAGUUUGUCCGAGGGUGGCGCUCCCCCGCGCUUUUUGAUCAUCGAUGAUGGUUGGCAACAGAUUGGAAAUGAGGUCAAGGAAGAUCCGAAUUGUGUGGUGCAAGAAGGAGCUCAAUUUGCGAACAGAUUAACGGGAAUCAAAGAAAACGCGAAGUUCCAAAAGAAUGGAAAACCCGAGGAACAGGACUCUGGUCUUAUACAUGUUGUGCAAGAUGCCAAGCAUCGCCACAAUGUCAAGUAUGUUUACGUGUGGCACGCCCUCGCUGGCUACUGGGGCGGCGUACAACCUGCAGGCCCCGGCAUGGAACACUACGACACCGCGUUAGCAUACCCCGUACAGUCUCCCGGUGUGCUCGGAAACCAACCAGACAUUGUCAUGGACAGCCUCGCUGUCCAUGGCUUGGGCUUGGUACCCCCUAGGAAGGUUUUCAACUUCUUCAAUGAACUCCACGCCUAUUUAGCCUCCUGCGGAGUAGACGGCGUCAAAGUCGACGUGCAGAACAUCAUCGAGACUCUCGGCGCCGGCCACGGCGGCAGAGUCUCCCUCACCCGCAGCUAUCACCAGGCCCUAGAAGCUUCCAUCUCCCGGAACUUCUCCGAUAAUGGCUGCAUUUCGUGCAUGUGCCAUAACACUGACGGACUCUACAGCGCGCGGCAGACAGCUGUUGUUAGAGCUUCCGAUGAUUAUUACCCUCGCGACCCGGCGUCGCACACCAUCCACAUUUCUUCAGUGGCUUACAACACCAUUUUUCUUGGGGAGUUCAUGCAGCCUGAUUGGGAUAUGUUUCAUAGCCUCCACCCUACUGCCGAUUAUCACGCUGCAGCUCGAGCUGUCGGAGGAUGCGCGAUAUAUGUCAGUGACAAACCAGGAAACCACAAUUUCGAGCUCCUGAAGAAGCUGGUUCUUCCCGACGGAUCGGUUCUCCGAGCUCAGCUCCCCGGCCGACCUACACUGGAUUGUCUCUUUGUCGAUCCAGCCCGAGACGGAACAAGCUUGCUUAAGAUUUGGAAUGUCAACAAGUGUUCUGGUUUAAUUGGAGUCUUCAACUGCCAAGGCGCUGGCUGGUGUCGAGUCGAGAAGAAAACACGCAUCCACGACGCCUCGCCCGGCACUCUCACCGGCUCUGUUCAAGCAAAAGACGUCGACGCUUUAGCACAAGUAGCUGGAUCGAACUGGGACGGCGACACUGUCAUAUACUCCCACAGAACCGGGGAAGUUAUCCGUCUGCCUAACGGCGCCUCCUUGCCGGUUACCCUUAAGGUUCUCGAAUACGAACUCUUCCACGUUUGUCCUCUCAAGAAAAUCACACCAAACAUCGCCUUCGCGCCCAUCGGCUUACUCGACAUGUUCAACGCCAGCGGCGCCGUCGAGGAAUACAGCGUAGCAUCCGAGGCUUUAGGUGAAAACCGAUCUCCCGCAGCCAGAAUCACAAUGCGAGUCAGGGGAUGCGGACGCUUCGGUUUCUACUCUUCGCAACGGCCUCUGAAAUGUAGCGUCGGAAAUUCCGAGACGCCGUUCGAAUACGACAGUAUGACGGGGUUGGUAACUCUCAGCAUCCCCUUACCUGAAGAGGAUAUGUACAGAUGGGCGAUCGAAAUCGAGGUUUAAGUAUGCUCUAAAUUAAGAUCCAUAUAAUUUCCUACUUGCUGCUUCAAUAUUAUCUAUCUCCAUUUAAGAAUCUGUGCUUUUUGUUUUUAAGUUUGUGGAAGGAAAUGCAUGGAAGUAGAAAUAAAAGGGUUUAUGCUCUGGAGUUUUAUUAAAUUUUCUGAAUAAGUAAAAAAAAAAAAAAAAAAAAAUUAAAAAUGGUAAUGUAAUAAUGUUGUAAGGUGUGGUCUCUCCUAUGGAGAAAUCAAUAAUAACCUGUGGUUUAGUGUGUUGUUGUUCUGUAAUUUGAAGUCUUCGGUGUAAUUUGAGAAUGAACUGUGUUAUGUAGUGAAGUGCUGUUGCAAACU